AGAUGAUACCUGCGCGUGUGGGUGCACUGUACUGUAGCCUAUUAGCUCGAGCUCCCACUCCCUCUCCUGUUCCCGUUACCCGGUGAAUGAUAUCAACAGAGCGUUUUGCCUGUUCCCUACUGAGCGAAAGAGCACGCUUGAAAGGAGAAUAACAUCAAACCGCACAUCUGAACGACAGCCAGAGCGCAUGGAACCAGAGAAAAUAUAGGCUACCCACAGCAACGGCGAGAGCACAUUGACAGGACAACGGGAGGACUGUUUAUUCAAGUUGGACGGAUGAUUUAGCGAACACAAUUGAGUAGACUGCCCGGCGGAUGAUAAGCGUCCGGGACCGGUGCUGUCGAUUGUGCGAGGAGGCAAGUUAACGUUACCGGAAGAAGAAGAUGAAGUCGGCUGGGGUCGUGGAAGGAGGACUGUUCACAGAGAGUUACUGCAACAUCUGUAAUGCCCAACUCAUCUCCGAGUCGCAACGCACAGCACACUAUGAGAGUAAGAAACAUGCCAAUAAGGUCCGUCUCUUCUACAUGUUACACCCAGAAGACGGAGGCCCACCUUCCAAGAGACUGAGACCAGACAACCCUGACAGUGCAGAGACAGAGGUGGACAGCAAUAAGUGCUGUACGUUAUGUAAUAUGUUCUUCACGUCGGCCAUCGUGGCCCAGUCUCACUACCAGGGCAAGACACAUGCCAAGAGAGUACGACUGGUACUGGGAGAAACACCCAGCUUACCUACUGCUACCAACAGCCCUACCACCACAGACUCAUCCCCUUCCACCCCCCAGCCCAGCGACUCAAACCCUGCUCCUCCUGCCCUACCACGGUCCUCCUCUCUAGCACCCCCGGUGGUGUUGGUGGGUAGUGGUGGUAGUGGUGAGACAGGGAAGUACUGCUGUCUGUGUGGAGCAUGGUUCAACAACCCUCUGAUGGCCCAGCAACACUAUGAGGGGAAAAAACAUCGCAGGAAUGCAGCCAGAGCACAACUACUGGAGCAGCUAGCUGGCAGUCUGGACGCUACCGAAACUACAGGUCUCCGCAGCAGAUACUCCUGCAGUGUAUGUAGUGUUGUGUUGAACUCCAUUGAACAGUACCACGCACACCUCCAGGGCUCCAAGCACCAGAACAACUUGAAGCAGGUCCAGCAGUGAAGCACUGGAACCAGAGACCUGUGGACAUGUGGAGAAUGGGAAAAUGGGAAUACUAAACAUGGGAAUACAGAGCAUUGUAAAACGAAAAUAAUAUUGGUUGUGGAAGUUUGGAAGAGACUUCUACAGAUGGCUUAGGACUGUGUGUGUGUGUGUGUGUGUGUGUGUGUGUGUGUGUGUGUGUGUGUGUGUGUGUGUUUUUAAUCUGACGAUGUCCUGGAGGUUACUGACCAUCUAAGUGUUUGAUAUGUGUACUUUGACCCCACAGCAGUCAGAAAACCAUUGGAUGUUGCCAGCGAUCGCCAUGCUGUUUGUGUGCGUCCCAAAUGGCACCCUAUUCCGUUUAUAGUGCACUUCUUCUGACGAGGGCCCAUAGGGCUCUAUUAAAAAGUAGUGUACUAUAGAUACUCCUUUUGUGAACCACAAUCCUACAAUCUAAGUGAUGUCAGUGUUACCCAGAGCGGUGAUAACCGUUACAAUGAUAGUCAUAGAGAAGAAGAAACAAUAUCAUCACCACUAUAUCAGUCCAGAGGGUCAGGGCUGCAAUACAUAUGUAUACAAAUAUAUAAUAAAUAUAUUCAUACAAUAUAUUUUCUAAACGCCUGGAAGUUAUCUGUGCAACAGCUCCGGUGCUCAGUGAGUGGCUCAUAAACAUAUAUUGAUAUCUAUAGUAAAUAUAUGCAAAUGUAAUGUAUGUUUACAUACGUUUAGAUAUUCAACUAUGUUUUCAGCACUCAGUUCCAUGCAGAAACAGGGAGAGGAAAGACAAAUAUGUCAGCCAAUUGAAAGGGGUUUUCCCAACUUUGGGUGAUGCCAGACAGUCUUUGGUGCCUAUGUAAUACAAACUGUUACACAGCCAUUUUUAAAGUGGUAGCUGAUAUCCUGAAUUUGUCACGAAAUGACUGAUCAUUCAACUCAGAUAGACAGGGAUAUGCAUUGUUUAUGACACUUCUAUUCAGAGCGAUAUAAAGUCAAUUCAUUUGAAUACAAUGUUUUUAAGGAUACAAUCUGUAACUUGAAUAUCCUCAGUGGCUACUCAAUGUAUUGCAAACACACUUGGCCAAGACACUUAACAAAAAUCAACCGGUUACAUCUGCCAAAACACACUCUCUUCACUUUAUAUACACAGGUUCAGUGACAGCACUUCGAACCGGAAUUGAAAGUAACAGAUUGUAACUUUAAACAACCACGUAGUUCUUUUAAACUAAGGGUCAGUAUCUAUGGUUCAGUAAACAUUCCUAUGUUUUGUACCUCUGUGAUUAAUGAUGUCAUAGACACGAGACAGUGUCAGUCAGAAUCCCUUUUCUCUGAAACCAUAUAUGAGACGACACCAUUUGUUUUUCGACCAUACUGAUCUAGAGUCAGUUUGCAGUUUCCUGGACUCACUGGCAUAAAGCACAUACUGUAGUCAGGAUGGUGGCCCUCAGUAACUAAGUGUUAUUGUUUACCUUGAGAAAGCCACGAGGAGUAACUCUGCCACUACCAAAACAUAUGGUGAGACAUCAAUGGAACGCAGACCGCGGGGGACAGGACAAGGACGCCGUCAUUGGCACUCAUUCAGAAAUGCUGAUCCGACAAAGUUAUUAUUUGUCAAAUCCGUCAUAAAUGAUGUGUUCUAACAGGCCAACAAUGUAGUUACUAAAAUCUGAUUUGCAUAUACAGUAUUUGGCUGUUUUGCUGCAUAAUAUUUAGAAGUUGUCCUUUUCUAACUGGUGACUCCCGUUCGGAGAAGCUGGUAAUGGUGGAGCAUAGCUGGUGGUGGUGGAAGUUGAAGUGUAAUGCAGUUGAUCGAUGGCGAUGAAAUGAACAUGUAUUCGAGGUUAAAAACCAUACAAGCAUUACACUUUUGUUUUGACCUCAACAUAGUGUGAAAUAUACACAUAGGAACAAUAAACUAAAUGUAGGCUCAUUUUGCUGGGGGACAAUGAGGAGAUUCUAGAUCUAUCCUCCACGGGAGGACACGUGCAUGGCGUUUCCAUGGUUUUAGUCAAACUCUUACGUGAUCUAUCUAACGGUUACCACCAACCUAUGUUUGUCAUGGGCAUCUCUAGCCACUGGUACAUCGUAUCGUUCUAAAAAGGCAAGACGACAGUUCCAUGCUAUGCCGUUUUUCUGUUUGUUGAUGUUGUUGAGAGUUGAAUGUAUUUUUCCCCUGUGAAGUGGUGAACACAUUAAAAAAAAUGUUCUUUUUGCUUUGCGUUUUAACAGA